GAAAAUAAAUAAAUGAGUAAUAAAAAGUUGGUUGGGAUUCCCCGCAUUUUCCUUCCUGCAACAACUUCUUCUUGUGCCCAAAUUGCCACACAGCGUACUUGCAGAAGAAACAAAUUAACCCCCCUCCCUCUCUCAUUACUUUAUAAUAAGGGAACUGUUCAUUGUGUUCAACUACCUUGUUAGCUAGCUAUUCAAAAACUAGAUAGAAGCUUGUGUUUUUAGCCGAGUAAAAGUUGUAGAAUAAAUGGACAAGGCGAUUAUACUAGAUCUCUAGUAAUAUAAGCUGAAAGAAUCACUGUUCAUGUGUUGAACUGUGUAGAGGAUUUCUUGUUUCCAAGGGUUAUAGAUUGAAUAAUGUUAUGAACUGAGAUAGUAGUAAAUGAGAUCUUGUGGAAGCAUAGAAACUCCUUACUAGCUCUUACUUAUUGCCUUUCUGUAUAAUGCAGGUCUUAGAGGUUGUCCCAGCCAACAGAAGCGAUUUCAUACUGUCUACAAAUCAACUUUCCAUCUCUGCAGCUUUUGAUACAUUCUGUUGAAUGUGGAUUGAGGUUCAAAAGAUAGGACUUCCAAGCUCCCUUGAUCUUGAAAUGGCCGUUUCUUACACGUUCACCAGUAAAAUGUAAUUAACAUUCCAGAUAUUUAUUGAAAAUGGAGAUCAAGGAAUCAGAGAGGGUGGUUAUAGCUAAACCAGUAGCUUCCAGGCCUAGUUGCUCCAAUUUUAGAUCUUUCUCAGAGUUGCUUGCGGGUGCCAUCAAUACUUCACCCUCACCCUCUACUGAUUGUUCUGAAACGGCAGUUGCUGCCAUUAGACCAAAAACUGUGAGGUUUAGGCCAACGAUGAAUCGUGCUCCAGGUGCAUUGGUUUCUUCCCAGGCUGAACUCUCUGGAACAACACUUAGCAAUUCAUCUAAUAGAGUUGCAAGUACUGAUAGCAAAACCACUGUCAUAUAUAAACCGCAGGCAAAGUUUGUGUCGAAGGCAACCGUUUCUCUACUAGCGAGUAUGGGGAACUUCAAUACCAAUUCACAGCAAAUGCUACAUUCAGUUGAGGCUCGCCCUCAGUGUCCAAAAGAAAAUAAACAAAAUUUCUCAUCCCAGCUCACCUCAAAUCUUCAUCAGGAUAUUACAUCCCAUGCAGUAUGGUUGACAUCUCAGAAUCAAGAGGAUCCAAAAACUUUAUCACAUGCAUCUAAUGGGGACAGGGCUUCAUAUGAUGGUUACAAUUGGAGGAAAUAUGGGCAAAAGCAAGUAAAAGGAAGUGAAUAUCCGAGGAGUUACUACAAGUGCACCUAUCCAAAUUGUCCGGUGAAAAAGAAGGUCGAAAGAUCAUUUGAUGGGCAAAUUGCAGAAAUUGUCUACAAAGGGGAACACAACCAUUCAAAGCCUCAGCCUCCUAAGCGCAACUCAUCAGGAACACAAGGACUAGGAGCUGUAUCUGAUAGCAAUGCUCAAGAUAGGUACACCACUCCCUUAUGGAGUAAUCAACUCAUUGAAAGAAAUGAAGGCUCUGAAGGUAGAGAGGAAAAUCAGAUCGAAACUGGAUUACAGGUGCAUUCAAUUUACCAGGGUAAACCUCCGCCAUCUUGUGAUCGUGCUGGAAAUGGAUCAAUUAUUGCUGGUGCGGGAACAUCUGAUAACUCAUGUGGUCUCAAUGGGGAAUGUGAUGAUGGAAGCAAGGGAUUGGAGGGAGACGAUGAUGAACCUAGAAAUAAAAGAAGGAAAGCUGGGAUACAAUCCAAUAAAGGUGGCAUAUCAGGGGAGGGCGUUCAGGAGCCCCGUGUAGUGGUGCAAAGUUCCACAGAUUCUGAGAUUUUGGGGGAUGGUUUUCGCUGGAGAAAAUAUGGGCAGAAGAUUGUAAGGGGGAAUCCAUAUCCCAGGAGUUACUAUAGAUGUACUAGUCUCAAAUGCAAUGUGCGCAAGCAUGUGGAAAGAGCAUCAGACGAUCCAAAAGCUUUUAUUACAACAUAUGAAGGAAAACAUAACCAUGAGAUGCCUCUGAAGAGUACAAAUAUACAGCCUUUGAACCCUGAUCUACAGGCACCUUCUAGUAGAGACAAGCUGUGAUCUCAACCAUGGAUGGAUACGAUUUCGAACUCGAUGCUUGUUCUGGCCCAGAUAUCAAAAAGAGUUCAGCGCAGAAGAAGCUAAAUAACACGAUCGAGCAAUAGACAAUAAAAAACAAGAACAUAGUAGUUUCAGUUCUGGAGGCUUCUUCAUGGUGCCGGUUUUGUGUUGGUAACGAGGAUUGAUAUCGAAAUGGGCUGUCUCGUUUUCAGCCUAUCUGAAGCUUACGAGUACAUCUCCCUCUCUCUCAGUUAUUGCCUUGGCUAAUCGUAUGUGUAAUAUAUACGCCUGUUUAGCUUCAGAAUAAGUUUCGGGAGGAAGUUUAUAACAAUUUUCAGGCGCAUAAAUAUUUUGAUACUUCUAUAAACAGCACUUGCUCAUUCUGAUUUCAUUGCUUGUAGACCUACAAAGAAUAUGCUAAAGCUGAAUAGGAUGUGAAGAUGUAGUAUUGGAUUAUAGUACAGUUGUUCUUAAACACACGCCAACAAUGAAAUGUUGCUGCAAGGAAUUACUUACUGAAAGAAAAGAACAGAUUCUUUUCAUUAGCCACUGUCUAGCUAGCUGGGGCAUUAAAAAUGCCAGCGUCUUUUGAUAUAUUCAUGACCAGAACUGCUCUUGUACAUCACAAAUCUUAGUAGCUAUAUUUUGCUUUCAAAA